AUGGACGUGGCGGGCCUGCUCUGCGACCAGCCAGCCACCAUCUUCGGCAAAACAAAUCUGUUGCGCCGAACGGCGAACCGUGCUCCCUCAAUGCCUGCGAUGAAGAGGAGCGCUUCUCCGAGUCUAAUAGCACGUCCAAGUCCAUACCAUACUUCCGUAACACUAUUUGAACCCGCGGCGGACGGUUCCAGCUCAGAAUCUCCUUUGAGGCGGUCCAAACGGUUAAAAGUUCUAGAAAAAUCGGAGACGAGGGAAGUAGAGUUCACUGCCGUUACCAGUAGUCCAAAAAAGCAGUCGACCCGGGUGAAAGCAGAGACAACAAGCUCAAAAGCUAAUAUAGAGGUGGGAACUUGCAGGCCUAGCCCAGUCAAAGCAAAGCGGGUAGCUUCUCCACGCAAGCCAAAGCCUGUUCCACAGUCUUUGGAAGUCCCUCAUCCUGCGCCUGCUCGCUGGCGUGAGACUUAUGACGCGAUUGUGGACAUGCGGUCGCGCAUCGUCGCGCCGGUGGAUACAAUGGGAUGCGGACGCGCGCAGUUGGGGGAGACAGUGCCAAGGAAUCAGCGCUUUGCGACAUUAGUAUCAUUGAUGCUGUCCUCUCAAACGAAGGACGAAGUUACAUCUGCUGCCGUGUCUAAGCUGCGAGAAGCGCUGGGAGGGAGUGUCAAUGUCGACGCUGUCAUAGCAGCUGACGACAGUACCGUAUCUGAAGCUAUCUGCAAAGUUGGCUUUUGGAGGCGGAAAACCCAAUACAUCAAGCAAGCCGCGCAGCGACUUCACGACGACUUCGAGUCGGACGUGCCCAAAACUGUAGAUGAGCUGUGUUCUCUUCCCGGCGUAGGUCCAAAGAUGGCAUUCCUAGCAUUGCAUGUAGCCUGGAAAGUAAACGCGGGUAUCGGUGUUGAUGUACAUGUCCAUCGAAUCACUAACAGGCUGGGAUGGCAUAAGUCACCCACGAAGACGCCUGAAGAGACUCGACUGAAUUUGCAGUCAUGGCUGCCAGCAGAGCUCCGCCCAACCUUCACUGGCCUCCUGGUUGGUUUCGGUCAGAUGAUCUGCCUGCCUAUCGGACCUCGCUGCGACUCAUGUGAGCUCAGCAAUGGGCUUUGUCCAAGUGCGCGGGUUGUUACGAAGUCGAAGAGCAAAAAGACGGUUGCAACUGCAUCUGGCAGCGCCAGGCCUCACAUUGAGAUCAAGCUCGAGGAGGACCAGAAGACAGCUGCGUCUGCUACAAUCUUGCGAGAUUUACCGGACGAUCUAAUCCAAAUGAAAACCGAGUCGGACUGA